CUAACUGACUUGACUUGUGAGUCAAAUUGCUAAUUUAAAUUACAAUAAUUCCAAUAACUAUGAUGAAGGUCCAAGGAAGAAGAGCAUGUGAACUGGCUUAGUGUACCUACGACCUACACCAGUCACCAGAUAACAUCCAAAAGAAGAUUGAGAUCAAUUAAUUGAAGAUUAACACGUGAAUGGCAUAUUUGCUAUUUUGCUGCAAAUCUUAGUGCCUUUUCGUAACAAAGCAUGCAUAUAAGGCCAUGCUCACUCCCUCCCCUGAAUUAAUACAUUCUAUUCUCCCUGUUUUCUACCCUGCAUAUAACUCAUAUAAGUUUAUUAUUCCUAUUGAAAUUGUGGAGUUUCACAGCCCAGCUAUCAUGGGAAGGCUCUCAUUUCUGUUGCUGCUCUUAUGUACCACAUUCAAUGUCGCCUUCUCCGACAAUGACGCAGUGGUGGCAAAUGGGAAUUUUGAGGCGGGUCCAAAGCCUUCAGAAUUGAAAGGCACGGUGGUGACGGGCGGCAGCCACGCGAUACCAGGGUGGGAGAUCUCCGGCUUCAUUGAAUACAUAAAAUCAGGGCAGAAACAGGGUGACAUGUUGCUGGCAGUGCCAGAGGGAGCUUAUGCAGUGAGGCUUGGCAACGAGGCUUCUAUCAAACAAAACAUAAAAGUGAUCAAGGGAAUGUACUAUUCCAUCACAUUUCUGGUGGCACGCACUUGUGCGCAAGAGGAGCGACUCAACGUGUCUGUGGCUCCAGAUUGGGUGGUGCUCCCAAUGCAAACACUGUAUAGCAGCAAUGGUUGGGAUGCAUAUGCAUGGUCCUUUCUAGCAGAAUACCAAGAGGUGGAAAUGGUUUUCCAUAACCCUGGUGUGGUUGAAGAUGCUGCUUGUGGGCCUCUAAUUGAUUCUAUUGCCCUCAAACCUCUUUAUCCUCCAAGACCAACUAACAAGAAUGUUUUGAAGAAUGGUGGUUUUGAAGAAGGACCAUAUGUGUUCCCAAACACAUCAUGGGGUGUGCUCAUCCCACCCAACAUCAUAGACCUCGAUGAACACUCUCCUCUCCCAGGAUGGAUAGUGGAGUCCUUGAAAGCAGUGAAAUACAUUGAUUCAGAGCAUUUCUAUGUUCCACAAGGCAAAAGAGCCGUGGAGCUAGUAGCUGGAAAAGAAAGUGCCAUCGCACAAGUCGCCAGAACUGUUCUUGGCAAAACAUACAUUCUCUCCUUUGCAGUUGGAGACGCUGGAAAUUCUUGUGAAGGGUUGAUGAGCGUUGAAGCGUUUGCAGGCAAAGAUCAUGUAACAGUGCGUUAUGAGUCUAUAGGCAAAGGUGGAUUUAAGCGUGCAAGCCUCAAGUUUGUGGCGGUUAGCACCAGUACACGGAUCGUGUUCCUUAGCACUUUCUAUGCCAUGAGAAGUGACGAUUUCUCUUCGCUGUGUGGGCCUGUGAUUGAUGAUAUCAAAUUGCUUAGUCUUCGUAAACUAUAGAAAAUUAGUUGUUUUCAUCUUUUAUUUUUAUUUGAUGUUCCAUUAAUAAAAAUAUAAAUGAAAAUUAAUAAGUCUUGCUAACAAUUUUCUACAUGGAUGCCGACAUCAUAAAAAAAAGGAAGGAAAAUUCCUAGUGUGUUUUUGAAUUUUAAUCACAUUUAUAAAAGAACAUACAUUUUUCAAUA